UUCAUCUAUAAAUAUAUUCAGAAAUGGUUAGAUUACCAAAUUUUUAGAUCCCCCAUGGAAUAAAUCUUAUAGAUCAAAUAAUGAAUCCAUGUUUAACAUACAAGUUUAUAAUUAUAUUUAUAUUAGUUGGAUAUGGUAGGUGUGGAGAUGAACCUACAGAUCAAUCAAAUAACAGUGGUGUUGGCCUUGGAUCAUAUGGUGACAACAAUAAUCAUGGGAACUUUCAAACAACUGAAACUUCUGAAUUAGAAGCUCAGACACAACCAGAACAACCUCAAACCAUUCCUCCGCCUUAUUAUCAUGAUCCACAACACCUGCAGUACUAUUAUCCAGGAUCUAUACCACCACAACCUAUACAGUAUUAUGAUCCACAACCUAUACAGUAUUAUGAUCCACAACCUAUACAGUAUUAUGAUCCACAACCAGUACAGUAUUAUGGACCUCAAUUUCAACCUAUAGGAGUAGAUCCUGUGCAACAAGCAGCAAAUUACUAUUAUCCUGAACCUCAGCCUCCACAAACCAUUCCAUAUCAACCUUACCAAACCGAUCCUCAACCUAUACCAAUAUCUCAAUAUGGACCAUAUCAACAAGAUUAUUCUGGUUAUCAAUCUUAUGAACAGUAUAUACCACAAUCCGAACAGCCGCAUAUACCACCGAUGCAACAAACGCCUGUUAUAGUACCUGUACAAUAUCCAACACCGGAUAUGCAACAGAUACCUAUGAUAUUAUCCGGACAACCGUAUAUACAGCCUCCUGUUCAACAAACGCCUGUUAUGGUACAUGGACAAUAUCCAACACCGCCUAUACAACAAAUGCCAGUACAAAGACAACCAAUACAUUAUUAUGGACCACAUCGACAGCCUAGACGGCCUAAGUCAUUUAGACAACCCAAAUCUCAAAUUGAUAAACAAAUGGGACCCGAAAAACCUGUACAGAUAAUGAUUAGAUCAUCUCAUCCUCAGGAACAGACUAAAGAAGAUUCCAAAACUCUUGAACAACCAAAACCAGAUAAGUUAACUGACGAUAAACCAACGGAUCAAUCAACUCAACCUUCAACAGAGCAACAAGACCAACCUCCUACUGAACAACCUAGUGAAUCUGAGAAACCAGAAGAACAGGGUGGUGAACCUGGAGGAGGAGAUGAAGAAGAUAAUUUUGAUGUAACUGAAACCACUGGCCAAGCUCAGGGUUCUGAAGGUGAUAAAAAGAUGAAAACAUGUAAUGAAAUUGGAUUAUUUAAAAAAGAUUCUGAUGGUAACAUAAUACCAAUGACAGAAAAUGAUUACAAAAAAAUAAUAAGUACUGUAAAUGAAAUUAGGUAUGAAUUUCUAGGAAAACUUGAGGAAAUAAAGUGUGAUGGUGAAAGUAUUUAUACGAAAUUACCUGAUAACGCAUAUUGUGAAACAUUAAGUUAUAAUAAAAAUACUAACAUUUUUACUAUUACUAUUGAUGGUACAUUUCUUUUUAUUAAAGGUGAUAAAGACCGAUGGAGAACAACAUGUCGACGUGUUAAGGAGCAUAUUAAAAUAUAUAAACUAGAUGAAAAAGGAAAUGAAGUUGAAGCUGAUGGAGAAGAUUAUUUUUUUUAUGUGACUUCUCACAGCGGAUUUAGGUACAAAUUUAAGUCGGGUAUGAAAUGUACCAGAAUUAUAUUUAAAGAAACAUUAGCCUGGGAAAAAACGGAAAAUGAAGAAUAUCCUGUGGGAUUAUCUAUUUCCAAAAAAUUAAACGUUGUAGUCUUUUUCGAAAAUUACUUUAAAGUAUUUGGAAAAAGUGGUGGGAAAUAUAGAAAAAUGUAUCAACAAUCAAAAAAAUACUAAAAAUUAAUUAUUUAACAUUUAAU